AUGUUCCGAGGCAAAACAAUAGACGAACCACCUCAGCAACUUGAUACUCAAGUCAUCGUGGACGUUACCUUGGCUAUCGAUAACGAGCCUGAUUGGCAGCUCGGCAGCAGAGUCUCAGUUGAAGAUUUUACGAGGCUCGACGAACGCGAGACGCGAAUGCCGACAUUCUGCAUGUGUUAUAACGGUGCUGAAUCCGAAGGUCACUGCGGAUCAGACUACGUCUUUAAAGACUUGAAUAUGAGGUACUCCGGGAUCAAUGCUUCAAUUUCGGACCAUGGUGGACUUCUACGGCCUCGGAGGGCUGAAGAUUUGAAAAAAGAGGAAAUCAUAUUGCUCCCAAACUGGGUGCAUGCUUUCGUGUUGCGCAGUCGCCAGUGGGUAACAUUGAAUACUGGAGACCUUUCCGAGGUUCAAUUUGAAAACAACUUUGAUGAACUCAUGUUCUCUUCCAGUCACAAGCGGACCAUAGUGGCUCUUGUGGAAACCCACGAGAACGCGAGGACAAGAGUUGGAAAGACGUCAACGGCUGAGUGCGUGGCGGACAGGACCAAGAGGCCACUGUUCCCCAUCACCUGUGGAGAUAUUGGAGAGUCAGCCAUGGAAGUUGAGAAGAACCUUCACCAUAAUUUUCUCCUGGCCUACAAAUGGGGCUGCGUCCUCUUGCUCGAUGAAGCGGACAUCUUCCUUGCUAAACGGAACAAGACUGAUCUGAGGCGCAACGCUGUCACCAGUGUUUUCCUACGCAGUCUGGAAUACUAUGCCGGCAUCCUAUUCUUGACGACCAACCGCGUGGGUGGCAUCGAUCCAGCUUUCAAAUCACGAAUCCAGUUGAGCCUGUAUUACCCACGGAUCGAUCUCGAUGCUACUGUGAAAUUAUACGAGGUCUUUCUCAAGCGAGCUCGCGAUGAGCAGACAAGGAUCGGAGUCACACAGUUCAAGAUCAAGCAGAAAGAGAUCCUGAGGUUUGCGUCGCGACACUAUCGACGACUUCAGAAGGAGGGUUACAAUACCUGGAAUGGGAGACAAAUACGCAACGCCUGCCAAACGGCCAUCGCACUUGUGGAGCACGAGGCCGUCCAUUUGAAGGCCGGCCAUCCAAUGCCUGUGCUGGGAAAGAGACAUUUCGAGACCGUAGCCGAAGGGUCAAAAGAAUUCGAUCGUUACCUGAAGAGGACUCUGCAAGGUGGAGACGACGAGAUUGCCAUGAGGGACCAAUGGCGAAACGAUUACUACCCGGAGGCCGAUAUCACGCGGCCUUCGUCGCUGAAACCUCUGCCUAAAGCGUCUUCUUCUCGCACUGCACCCCCGACUGUGACGGAGUCAGAGAGUGAGAGCAGCGAUGAUUCGGACACUGAGAGUAAGGAUGACGAGGACGGCAACAUUAAGCCUGUGGCUGGAGGUGGCACUGCUCAUUUCAAGUUGGGCGCUGGAGUGGAUGUGGACGAAGAUGAGAUUAGCAGUGCUGAUUUCAAGGAAUAUUUGAAAUUCAAGGCUCUCAUGGGGAAGAACAAAAAGACAUAG